AAGCAAUUGAGGUGCGCCAUCAAUUAUAAAUCUAGUUGCCGUCGUCUGCGAUAUUGAUGAGUGCCUUUAUUCGAAGAGCCGUCCUUGUGAUCUAGGCAUAUCUCGAGGUUUGAAUACUCGUCUGAUCUACAGCAUGGCAUCGGCAACGAACGUCGGCCGUUUCUCCGCCGCAGACCACGAGAACGACGGGAAGCAUCAUAUCCUCCUUGCUGCCUCUGGCUCGGUAGCAACUAUCAAGAUACCUAAUAUUGCACAGGCUCUUACGCGGCAUGCCAACGUAUCGAUCCGCAUCGUCCUGACUCACUCUGCAGAGGAGUUCCUCAAAGGCCAAUCCGCGGAACAGCCUUUGCUCAAGUCCCUACACAAUCUGCCAAAUGUUGAUGGUAUCUACCUUGAUGAAGAUGAGUGGUCGAAGCCGUGGGUUCGGGGUGAUAAGAUCUUGCAUAUCGAGUUGAGACGCUGGGCGCAUGUCAUGCUCGUUGCGCCUCUGUCGGCCAAUACCAUGGCUAAGGUGGUGACUGGUAUUAGCGACGGGUUGCUGCUCAGUGUGAUUCGUGCAUGGGAUACGACCGGUCUAAUCGAUGGGCGAAAGAAGAGAAUAUUUGUGGCUCCGGCUAUGAAUACGGCUAUGUGGAGGCAUCCUAUCACGAGAAAACAGAUCAAAGUCCUGGAGCAGGACUGGGGAAGUGGUGAAGAUGGCUGGGUUACAGUGCUCAGACCUAUGGAGAAGGAACUGGCUUGCGGAGAUGUAGGAGAUGGAGCAAUGAUGGAUUGGAAGCAGAUCGUGGGACGCCUUGAGGCUCAUCUGGAGCUUGUAGUACAGGAAGAUGGUGUAAACGAACGGUGAGAAUCAUCAUGCCAGGACAGUCUGCAUGGCGGUUUUGGACUCUUCUUUCGUCCGGCGAUGAAGGUAGUCGCCUAACAAGCCGAAAGAGAUGACGCCGCCGGUCAACCAGGCUCCGUUUUUGAACCACCACCAACAGUCCUUGACAUCCUUGAGGUCCACUCGCCGAACCAUGGUGGCCAGUGCCAAUGCAGCGCCGCCACAGCUUCCGACGAAGAAGAGAGGACCGGCACCGGCAAAGUAGCCAGCUGUUGCGAGCAGGCCAAUUUGGACAGCGGAGAAGCAAGACAGUGCUGCUUUAGCAUUAUGCUCGUGGGCCUGUGCUAUUGACUUGAUUCCUGCUUUGGCGUCAUCCUUGAUGUCCAUAUAAGCGUAUAUCAUAUCGUAUACCAGCGUCCAGGAGACACAGCUGGAAUAUAAGGCGGCAGCAGCCGCUAAGGCCGGAGGGUUGGAUAGGAGGUCGAUACCCAGGGCAGGGAAGCCCAUGAUCGCGCCCCAAGAAAAUGUUAGGCCCAGAACGAAUUGUGGAUAGUGGGUGACUCUUUUUGCCAGUGGGUAUAUGGUGACCAAAAGAAGACUUGGUACGCCAUAGAACAGGCAAGGUAGAGGGAAUUGAAGCAGGAUGGCUAGGCCGGUGAAAAGUUGGGCGCCUAGAUAUACAAUCGCAUUUUGAGCUGAGA